ACUGUAAUUUAGCAGUCUGCACAAAAAAAAAAAUGGAGCACAACACACAAAUUCAAAUUCCAAGUGUCAAAUUGGGUAGCCAGGGUCUUGAGGUCUCGAAACUCGGCUUUGGUUGUGGAGGACUUUCUGGCUUUUUAAAUGAUCCUCUGUCACAUGAAGCUGGGUGUGCAAUCUUACAGGAAGCAUUCAGCAAAGGCAUCACCUUCUUUGACACUGCUAACAUAUACGGGCAUGACGGUCACAAUGAGAUAAUGGUGGGAAAGGUAUUGAAGCAGAUUCCUCGUGAGCAAGUCCAACUGGCAACCAAAUUUGGGUGUACAUUUUCCGAGGACUUAGAUGGUCUCCAAUGUCAAGUCAAAGGCACUCCACAAUAUGUAAGGCAAUGCUGUGAAGAAAGUCUCAAGCGUCUAGACGUGGACUACAUUGAUUUAUAUUAUCAGCACCGGACAGACACAUCUGUGCCUAUAGAGGAAACUAUGGGAGAACUGAAGAAGCUUGUGGAUGAGGGAAAAAUUAGGUACAUUGGCUUAUCUGAAGCCAGCGUUGACACAAUUAAGAGGGCACAUGCUGUUCAUCCCAUCACUUGUGUACAAAUGGAGUAUUCUCUUUGGACUCGUGAGAUAGAAGAGGAUGUUAUUCCGCUUUGUAGAGAAUUAGGCAUCGGGAUUGUUGCAUACAGCCCCCUUGGCCACGGGUUCUUUGGUGGGAAGGCAAUCACAGAAAGCUUGCCUGAGGGAAGUAUGAUGGGUUCUCAUCCAAGAUUUUCCGGAGAGAACUUGGAGAAGAACAAAGCUCUUUUCACAAGAUUUGCAAACUUAGCAGAAAAGCAUGGUUGUACACCUCCUCAACUAGCUUUAGCUUGGCUUCUACAUCAGGGAGAUGACGUGGUUCCGAUACCUGGAACAACAAAGAUUAAGAACCUAAAUGCCAAUAUUCAAUCUGUAGCAGUGAAGCUUACACCAGAAGACGUGAAGGAAAUCACGGAUGCCAUCCCCGUUAGUGAAGUCUGUGGAGCAAGAGAGUCUGGAGUGAUGUCUAAGUAUGAGUAUCGGUUAGCUGAUACACGUUGGUGAGAAAUCGUAUGGGCUGUGUUUGAUAUGGAGGAUUUAUGUUUUUUCUCAUGUUUGGUUCGGUCAAAAUAAUUUGAAAAACCGGAAAAUAAAUUCCUUAAAGUAAAUCUAUAUAGAACUUGUAAAUAAGGAACCUGAGGAGGUGAAUCUGUGACUAUGUUGCAUGAAGGAAAACUAGUGCUUGUUUAUGUAAUAAUUCUUGGACUGGUACUAGUAACUGGGCAGAAGUAGCUGCCUUAGUUUAUAGAA